GAUAUUCUUUAAGUCGGAUCAAAUUUGAAACAAAACAAAACACCCCAAAAAAAAAAAAACCCAAAAGCCCCAGACCAAAAAAAAAUAAAAUAAAAAACAACACUUUGGAAAUUUAUUAGUGGGCACAGUUAAAAUUUCGUUUUUAAAUUAUUGCUACCAAGCGAAUGUCUUUGGAAAGGUCGAAAUUCUUUGCGGGGGCUCGGGGCGUCGAGACCAACGCAUUCUACGGCUCCAUGACGCUCGGCGCUGGCGAAGGUCACGGCUUUGUUGCCCAUACAGCGGCCCGUGCCCGCUUUGGAGGCGUCCCAAUGCGCCAACAGCAACAGUUGCAGCAGCUGCUGCUGCCGCCGCCGCCAUCCUCAGCGGAGCCGGCAAAAGCAAAAGUGGCCAAACGACGCGUCGCACAGCCAAAGGCAGCCAACACAAUGCCGUGCACUGUGGAGGAGUUCACAAGGCGGGCGCAAGCAUUGGCCACGGGCAAAGCCAUCGGCGGCGGCACGGCGGGAAAAUCGGCAACGGGCGGUUAUAGGCGCAACGCGAGGGGAGCAGCUGGCGCAGAAGUGGCGCCCAAGAAGGCGAAUGCGACAACGACCAUCAAUCGGAGUCGCGACCAGACACGUCCGAUCGCCACAGAUGCCAACAAUACGGACUGGAGCAUGCCGGCGUCCAAAACGGCGACAGGCAUCGGCCGGAAGCCGGCGGCACGUGGUGUUCGUCGCAGCGUCCGUGUGCGCAACGAGACGCCGCAGACGAAAUGGCUGCUGAUGCCGCAGAGCAAUUUUCGUCAAUGCAGCGAAUCCUCGUCGGAGGCCAAUUCGCCAAUCAAUGUCAGCCAACAGCAGCUGAGCGCUGAUGCCUCCUGGCCGGGCAUCGGCAUCGGGCCCAGCAACAGCAGCAGCAACAGCAACAGCCCCAGGCCAAGCACCAGCCCCAGCCCCAGCCCGAGGCCCGGGCGUCAGCAAAUUGUGGAGACGCCAACAAAAUCCAAUGUACAAUCGCGCUUGUUUACAGUGCCAAAUAAUGAGGCGCAGCCAAGCCACCUGCAGGCCAAGAGCGUGCGAUCAACGACUCUGCUGUUGCAGGCGGACGGCGUUAAACAGACGGCGUCCGUCGACAACAGUCGAAGGUCGGCGUCGUCCGUUAAGCCCGGUCCGAACAGCAACACGAAUUGCAGCAACGGCAGCUAUCGAUUUAUGCUCGGCUUGAGUGGCAGCAGCAGCAGCAGCACCUGGUCGAAUAGUGACUCCUACGACACGCCCCAUCCAUUUAAGGGCGGCAACAAGAGCAUCAAGCUUACCUCAACGGUUAUCAAAAUAAUGCCCGAUGCGCCGCUGCGGAUCAUAACUCAACCACCACCAACACCACCAUCAUCACCAUCAUCACCAUCACCAGCAGCAGCAACAAUUGCUGCGUCCAGGCCAUCAACGCUAUCCUCAAUUAACAAGCGUGUGCCGCCGAUCAAGCAGCCACAGCCACAGCAGCAGCAGCAGCAGAAGCCUGCACAGCAGCAACAGCUGCCGAAAGCAACAGCAACAGGGGCAACGGCAACGGCAACGGGAUCGUCGAAAAUUGUGCGCGUGGAUCAGCACAAGGUGCCGAAGACCAUAGAGGAUGGCAUCGAUAUAAGCUAUCAGUAUUUUGUGUCCACGCCCGUGGUGCGUGGCAAGAAGCCGUUGCCCGUACGCUAUCUGUAUAGGCCGAUGGUGCGACGUCUGAAUCAGGCGAGCACAACAGCACGACAUGGUCGUCGCAGCGGCGGCAGCAGCAGCAGAAAGGGUCUGUCGGAGGGCAAAACGGAGGACGAAGAGCUGCUGGAGCAGGAUGUUCAACUGGAGCAGGCUCCGGUUGAGGAUGCAUUGCCCGGCAGCAGCGAUAUUGAGUCGUCCGAUUCGAGCACAGAGCUAGCUGAUCACAAUCGAGACUUUGAUCCGCCGCCAAUUGUGGUUGAUGCGAAAUAUUUGCCAUUUGUAAAGCAGCUAAAGAAUCAUCCCUGGCCGCAGGAGCAGCGCAGAAGGGAUGCUCUGCAACAACUGCGAACACUCAAACAGCAGCAGCAACAGCAGCAGCAGCAACAGUUGCAACUGCAACAGCAAAAAGAAGAAGAGCAGCAACUGCAGCAGCAACAGCAGCAGCAGCAACAGCAGCAGGCACAGGGAGAACAGGAGCAACAGGAGCUGAAGAAGGCAAAGCAGUUGCAAAUGUUGGAGCAGCAACAGCAAUUAAUACAACAGCAACGUCAGCUAAUUGAGGAGCAACAGCAGCAAUUGCUGGCACAGGAACAACAGCUCAGUCCACGCCCGGUGCUGAUCGAUUUUCAGCCAAAUGUGACGCGUCUUAGCGCUGUUGGCGGUGCCAACAUUUGCUAUCAUGCACCAAUCCGUAUGUGCGCUGGUGCUGUCGAACCGGCAACUGUUGCUGCUGCCGAAGCGGCAACAACAGCAGCAGCAGCAACAGCAGCAGCAGCAGCAGCAGCAACGCUCGAGAUCGUUGAGGCGCCAAUAAUAGCGGCCAUUACCUACGAGGAUGUUGAGCUGAAUGCCGGCGCUGCCAAAACCGUAAGCUUUCAGCUGGAAAGCGACAGCAACUGCCACAGCCACAGCAACUGCAACUGCAACAGCAACAGUUGCAGCCAGAGCGAGGGCCACAAUAACGGCAACAAUUGCAGUGUUAGCGCCCUAACGGCCAUGCCCCCAAAAACCGAGAGGAAGCGACGCAAAUGCAAAUCGCGUGGCAAGAAGAAGAGCCGCAACUGAAUGUUGCACCACCCGAAAUGGGGCAGCAGCAACGGGCUGCAGAUAUUACCGGCACUGACAUAUAUAUAUAUACACAUAUAUAUAAAUAUAUAUAUUGAUAUUUUGGAAGCGUGCCCAAUUCACAAUUUAUACAAUUCAAUUUCGAUUAUAAUCCAUUUAAUUAUUUACUUUAUGUAUUUAGUUUCUUAA